AUGCAAUCACGGGGAUCCUUCGGGCCAGAGUUCUUUCAUUAUAAUACAUUUCGGUUGAUUAAUACUAUUUUUGGAGUAAAAGAACAGGCCAAAAAUAAAUUAGAAUUUUUAUUCAAACCUUUACCAAAAUUAAAACAGGUUUCUGAAUUUAAUCCUGCAAUUGAGUCAGUCAAGCCAUCUAUAAAUGAAGUUAUUGAUCCUUUGAUCAAAGAAAUUACAAUCAAAUAUACCAUUCCAGUGAAGUUAUUUACUGGGAAUGUUUCAAUAUUUCAAUUAAAUGAUGAUAAAUAUAAACCGGGCCUAUUACGUCAAACAUUUUCGGGAGAUUCUAAAUUAUGUAACAUUGGAAGUGAUAACCGCACAGUACAUAUUCCAAUUUUUGAAAGCACAUUCAACCAACAGAAUUCUACCUACUAUGUGCUUGUUGAAAAUAAUUUUGUCAUCUCUCAAGAAAGAGAUGAACCUUUAAUUGGAAUUAGAAAGAAUAUUUGGACACUUUCAACAAAACCACUUAAAACGGCACAGCACUCAGAUUCAGUUACAGGAUUAUUACGAUUAAACGAGGAAGGAAGUUCAAAAUUUUUCCAAAUGAAUCAUUCAAUAUUUUUCAAGAAUAUGAUUCAAGAAUUUGCUAAAGUAAUUCCAGUAACUGAACAGAGGCUAUCAGCAAGUGCCUUGAUCAAAAAAAAGGGGUUUACUGCACUUUCAUUCAAUGAAUAUACAUCUUUAAUUGAUGAAAGUGCCCCUUUUACAAUGACCCGUAAGUGUGUUUAUUAAAUAUUUUUGA